GUUCCCGCACCCAAAACGAGAUGGGACAUGUCAUUGUCAUGCAGUGACUACAGUAGUCCAUAAAUUAUUAGGAAUCUUUUCCACACAAAACCGUCCAAGCCGUCCGAGAAAUCCACUAGCUAGUGCAACGUUGGUGAACAUAUGUAAUGUUAUGUUCUAUUGGAGUGAUUUUAGAUUCCUAGUGUACGUUUCCAUUUGGUAGUUAACUCCAGAGCUAACCCAGAAUCAUUGACGACAACCAAAAAAUGCUUCAAUCUUUCACGACAAAAACCCUCCCCUCCGCCCAUUUCCCACAACAAAACAAACAACACCUCCCAGAAACAAAAAGCUAGAUAGCUUAACUAUAUGGUCGCGAUGAUCAGGCAUCAUCAUCAUUGGCCUUAGCUUUCUGUCCUUCUCUCUUACUGUUAGUGCGCAUCCAUCCAUCCACACAAAGCAAAAAAAGCCCCCACCUUUCCCAUUAUCCCCCUGGUUUACCUUCAGCAGAGCAGGAGCAAUGGAUUGGAAGCCUCUCAUCUCCUGUAUAAAUAGAGAGCUCCUUACAUUUGUAUUUGCGUACACUGCAUAGAGAGAGACACAGAGCAAGUCUAAACUCAGACAGUACCCCUGUUUUCUCCUCCCCUGCUUCUUCUAAAUUUAGGCUCCCUCUCCAUAACUCACACAUUCUUCCCUCUUAUUGUUUAUAAUUUUUCGACCAUUGCACGAAAACAAGAAAGAGAUUAAAUGGGUACCACCAGAGCAUCAUUUUUCUCCUUCUCCUUCUUGUACGUUGUUGUAGCCAUUCUUGUACUGCCACUUGGUCUCGCCUCUGCCAACAAUGCUUCUUCUGUGAGCUUUGGUUACUCCGGGCCAAAUGGGCCUGCGAAAUGGGGGAGUUUGAGCCCAAAGUACCAGGCAUGUGGAUCUGGCAAAUCCCAGUCCCCUAUCGACAUUAGGAGGAAGGAGGCCGUGGAGGAGAAGAAGCUGCAGAAACUGGAAGGGAAUUAUCGUUCCGUGGGAGCCUCUCUUAUCAACACCGGCCGCAAUGUCAUGGUUCAUUUUGAUGAUUCCCCUGGAGAAUUGGAGAUAGAGGGCAAAACCUACAGACUGAAGCAAAUGCAUUGGCAUUCUCCAUCGGAGCACACCAUUGAUGGCCAGCAGUACGCUUUGGAGCUUCACAUGGUUCACCAGGCAGACGAUGAGAGCUUCGCCGUGGCAGCAAUCCUCUACGAAUAUGGCCCCCAAGACAAAUUCCUGAAAAAGAUGAAAGACGAGCUGCAGGAGCUAGCAAAGGACAAGUACUCGGCGGACGAAGAAGCGCAAGUGCCGCUGAAGAAGAAAAUGAAGUGCAAGAUGCUGAAGAAGAGUACUUCACACCACAAGUACUACAGAUACGUUGGCUCCAUCACUUCUCCGCCGUGCUCCGAGAACGUCAUCUGGUCCGUCCUCGCCCGCCCAAAGACGGUGUCCAGAGAGCAGGUGAAAGCCUUGACAGCGCCAUUGCCAGAUGGAUUCAAGGUUAACGCGAGACCGGUCCAGCCCCUCAAUGGAAGGAGGGUUGAGCUCUUCAAGCAACACUCCCCUUGAUUGAUCCAACGGACAGGGGAAUGAAUGAAAGGAUGUAAAUCUGUUGUUGGUUUUGAUCGCAACAACCUCUCCUCUCGUUGUCGAGUGUGCGUGUGUGUGUCUUGAAUGAUUGAAUGAAUGGAUGAAUGUUGUGCGUGAAGUAAUACCGUAAAUGCAUAUAGUAGUGCUCUUUUGCACCCAUAAGUUAGAGAGGGAACUAGGCAGCCAAACAGACUGCUCUCUGCAGAUCAACAACAUUGCAUGAUGAUUUCCAUGUCUAAGGCCAAAAUUGUUAGCUACCUAGAUGACUUUUUUGUUGUGCAAUAAUAAUAAACAAUAACUAGUUAUUGGGCACACGCUUUGCUACGGAUAUCAUACAUUUGUUUGAGCUAUUCCAAUUUAUAAUUUAAAAUUUAAUUCCUGCGUUUCAAAAGGUAUAACAAUAUGAUAUAUUUUAUAAGAUAUAAUGUUUUACCAAUGAUGCACAUGAUUAUUCUAUCUUUAUCAGCAUCUUGAAUGACUAUUGAUGAAGAUUUGCUAAUAAAUAAGCUAUGAUGAGGGCAUCAACACCAAAGCUAUUACUAUCCUAACAUCGGUGCGAGAGGAGGCUACUCAAAGUGAAGGUCCAAUCACUUGAAGUUAAACCUAAACAUUGAAUACACAACCACAAGCUUAUUUGGCUAAGAGUUUCACAUAAUUUGAGCUUGAAUUAUUCGUGGGACAAGAGAUCACAGUCAUCCAUGUCCAAGAAGAAGAUCCCAACUCGGGAGAAGCAAGGAAUGAGCUUACUUGAUGAUUAAAUCAUCCUUAGUGAGAACACAAGGUGUGAAUGAAACAUUUUGGGCGGAUUCAUCCUUGGUGUGAGCACAAGGUAUGUUUUCAUGAUCAGUGUCACACAACAAGAUUAAUUCAAAGGAAGAAAAAAUUCUACCAAAAAAAAAAAGAUUAAUUCAAAGGGUUUGAUUGAUCAAUGCAAAUCAAACCAAAGAACAUGGUUUUGGUUCUAGGAACUGGAUGAGAUUGAAGUGAAAUUCAACACUUGGGGAAGACACGUUCAAUGUGGGUAGUAGCUCGCCACAAUCGAGUUUUUUUACUCGAUUGAUAGGAGACAAACAAUCUUUGGAGUCCACCAAAGAUCAACCGAAACUUUCAAGCUUGAGCUCGAAGAAUUCUAGAUUAGACUUCAUUCAAUAAUGUCCUCCCCUUUACAAGCUACAAUGAAGCCUUUAUAUAGGCAAAGGAACUUCAUCCUAUGCUUACUAAAAAAGGAAAACUACUAUAACUCUAAUAAGGAAAAACAAACACAAAACAUCUAGAGAAUCUUUCUCAAACUCAGUUUUCAACUUGAUUGAUUGUUGCCUAAGUAACUGGCUUCCUACGCAAGUAACAAAGCUGCACUCCAUACCAACUUAAGGCUCUUCGUUCAAAGGCUUCCAAAUUGAGUCGAGCUCAAUCAAUUCCUUCACGCUCUUCAGCAAGACACAAACUAUAAUUUCCAACUCGCAGCUGACCUCGAGUAUCCCUCAAAUGGUUCGAAUAAGUCUGAAGAGAUGGCACCUCGAAACUAUUCCCAUACUUGGCGAAAAUUAUUGUUUUCAGAACACGUUCUUCCCUUGCCUCAAUUGACUCUUUGAACUUGUGUUAGUAUGGAAGGAACCUUGCGAGAAGGAUUCUUGCUUUAUUUCCUGUUCCUUUUGGUUCUUUGAUUCUGUAGCUAGUAGGAGUCAGAUUUUUUAGUUAAUAAGAAUAGAAACUUGUUUAUAAUGUCUAUAAACAAAGGAUGAUUUUCAUAGGGGCUCAAUAAGUUUUUAUCAAUCAAAAUCCUAAUUUUCUUUCUUGCCCAUUCGGGGAAGGGAAUCGAGCUAGCAAGGAGAUCUCGACGGUAUCAACUAGUCAAUCACUGUAGUUGCGGAGUUACUUCGUAUACUUGACCCUAUUCCCAAUCGUGGUUUCGGAUGGAUAAAAAAAUUAUAAUUGG